GAUGUUUUUCCAAGACCUCCGGAAACACGCCCAAUUUACGUCGUGGUAACGAAACCCCUAGAAUUUAGUGAAUGCCCAAAAGUCUUUAGCAUGUAAUUUCCCAUAGUUCUGUGCGUGCGUGGCUCUUGUAGGAGGCGUGUGUUGUGUUGCUAGUUCUGAGUGUCCGGAAUCACAAAGAUGUAUCGUCCUAAACCGACUCUGAAAGACAGACAGCACUUGUAUAAGCUGAUCAUCAGCCAGCUACUGUAUGACGGUUACACCAACAUCGCCAACAACCUCAUAAAUGAAGUGAAGCCGCAGACUGUGGUGUCUCCAUCUGAGCAGCUUAUGCAGCUCGCCAAGAUUGGAAUGGAGAAUGAUGACACUGCAGUGCAGUAUGCUAUUGGACGCUCAGACACGGUUGCUCCUGGUGUGGGCAUUGACUUGGAGUUUGAUGCUGACAUGCAGACCAUGUCUCCGGAGGCCUCGGAGUACGAGACGUGUUAUGUAACAUCACACAAAGGACCAUGUCGUGUAGCCACCUACAGCCGAGAUGGGCAACUGAUUGCCACUGGUUCUGCAGACGCCUCUAUUAAAAUCCUGGAUACUGAACGCAUGCUGGCCAAAAGCGCAAUGCCCUUGGAGGUGAUGAUGAAUGAGACAGCACAGCAGAACAUGGAGAAUCAUCCAGUUAUUCGAACCCUGUAUGACCAUGUAGAUGAAGUUACCUGCCUGGCCUUCCACCCUACAGAGCAGAUCCUGGCUUCUGGAUCUCGUGAUUACACGCUCAAACUGUUUGACUACUCCAAGCCCUCAGCGAAAAGAGCUUUUAAAUACAUCCAGGAAGCGGAAAUGCUGCGCUCCAUCUCCUUCCACCCGUCAGGAGAUUACUUGUUGGUGGGCACACAGCAUCCAACACUGCGCCUUUACGAUGUCAAUACGUUCCAGUGUUUUGUGUCAUGCAACCCUCUGGAUCAGCAUACAGAUGCCAUCUGCAGUGUGAGCUACAACCCAGGAGCCAACACCUAUGUCACAUGCAGCAAGGAUGGCAGCAUCAAGCUGUGGGACGGCGUCUCCAACCGAUGUGUGUGCACGUUUGAGAAAGCACAUGAUGGGGCUGAGGUCUGCUCAGCCGUUUUCUCCAAAAACUCAAAGUACAUUCUGUCAAGUGGCAAGGACUCUGUGGCCAAACUGUGGGAGAUCUCCACUGGUCGCACACUGGUCAAGUACACGGGAGCAGGACUGAGUGGCCGUCAGACGCACCGUACGCAGGGUGUCUUUAACCACACAGAGGACUACGUGCUGUUGCCAGAUGAGCGAACGGUUAGCCUGUGCUGUUGGGACUCGCGCACUGCUGAGCGAAAGAACCUGCUCUCACUUGGCCAUAAUAAUAUUGUGCGCUGCAUUGUUCACUCGCCCACUAACCCAGGGUUCAUGACGUGCAGUGAUGACUUCCGUGCUCGCUUCUGGUAUCGCCGGACCACCACCGACUAAGCUGCCACUGGGCUGCACAUGAGUUAUAGGUCUGUGUUUAGAAAAUGUAGGCGUUCUGUUUUAAGGGAUAAAGUGGUCACAGAGAUAUCAGGAGUGUAGUUGUUGUGUCUGAGCUUCACCUCUAGAGGGAACCAUUGUACUCUGAUGGACUCCAGCAUUUAUAAGCUGUCCAUGUCAGCUAUCUGCUCUUCAUGAAGUAGUCUUUUGUAUGUUAUGAUAUGAGCUCUUUAAAUCUACAAGUGAAUUUUCCACUUUCUCAAUUUGUGUUUGAUACUUUUUUAAUAAAAUAAAUAAAUUGUUUGCAUUGUAAAAAAAAAAAAAAACAACUAGUGAAAGCAAAUAAAUAUGUAAAAACAAAGAAAAACCUUGAUAUGUAGCUAGAAAUGUUUUGCAUUUGUGACUGCACUGACUGUUACGAUCACACUGUUGCGAACUGUUUUCGAUCACUGUCCAAUUAUUCCACUUUUUGUCAUUUGGCUGAAAACUGUUUUUUAAGUGGCACCUCCCACCUCCCCCAUCAGUUAAAAAAAUUGUUUAUUUAAUGCUAACAUUAUUGAAAAUACAUUGAGAUAUGUCACAUUCUAUGGCCAACAGAAUGUUGACAUCUGACCAUCACACCCAUAUAUACUCCUAGGUUCUAGUAGAGGAAAUGACAUAGCCAAAUGCAAGAAAUAUCCUGGCAGGUUUUUUUUAUUAUAGGCCUAUAUAGUGUUUUUUUAAAUCAAAAUAAUUUUAUCAUCAUUUUUUUAAGUGGCACCUCCCCCAUCAGUUAAAAAAAUUGUUUAUUUAAUGCUAACAUUAUUGAAAAUACAUUGAGAUAUGUCACACUCUAUGGCCAACAGAAUGUUGACAUCUGACCAUCACACCCAUAUAUACUCCUAGGUUCUAGUAGAGGAAAUGACCUAGCCAAAUGCAAGAAAUAUCCUGGCAGUUUUUUUUUUAUUAUAGGCCUAUAUAGUGUUUUUUUAAAUCAAAAUAAUUUUAUCAUCAUUUUUUUAAGUGGCACCUCCCACCUCCCCCAUCAGUUAAAAAAAUUGUUUAUUUAAUGCUAACAUUAUUGAAAAUACAUUGAGAUAUGUCACACUCUAUGGCCAACAGAAUGUUGACAUCUGACCAUCACACCCAUAUAUACUCCUAGGUUCUAGUAGAGGAAAUGACAGCCAAAUGCAAGAAAUAUCCUGGCAGUUUUUUUUUAAAUCAAAAUAAUUAAGUUCAUUUGUCUGCCAACAAUAACACCACUAAAUGGAUCUUAAUUAAAAUCUAAAAAUCUUUAGUGCACUUUUUUUAGUUACUGCCAACCUCACAGUAGCAUUGCUGCCUCUCAGAUCUAGUGUCUCAAUCCUGAGCUCAAAUUACUUUGUUUUUUCACACGUUCCCAACAUGACUCUGGCUUUCCUCCCACCUCCCAAAAACAUGGCAGGAAGUGGACUGGUUAGUCAGUAAUUUAUUUAUCCACACCAAUAUACUGUUAUUUUACUGAAAAUAUAUGAAAAAUGCGAAAGUCUUCAUAGGCAAAAUCUGAUUAUUUUAUGGUCGGAUAUAUUGAAUGGCUGUGAUGAUAAAUCUAUAUACCAGCUCCACUUAUAAAAUGUUUUAAUACUUA